GAACUCAGCCAGGGCGAACUCAAUGAGAUUAUCAUUGAAGAUUUCUGCACUAAUGAAUUGCUCUUAUAUAUUGCACAGCGAUCAAGUAAGCUUAAAAGGCUUCGGCUUGUAUCCUGCUACUGUGUUUCAAAUGACUGUUUGAGUAAAGCUGCCACCCAGCUUCCAUUACUCCAGGAUAUUCAAAUAUACUUCUGCGGUCUUUCUGUUGAAUUCAUCAAGACUGUGGGACGCUCAUGUCCCUUGCUCAAGUCAUUUACUUAUAACAAAGAUGGAUGUCGAGACGAAUUAGUGUGUGAUGAGGAAGCUGUAGCGGUUGCGGAGUAUAUGAAAGGGUUGCACCACCUCUCUCUGUUUGGAAGUAACAUGACAAAUAAAGGUUUGCGGGCAAUAGUUGAUGGUUGCCCUCAUCUUAAAUCUCUUGACUUGAGAAGGUGUUUCAACGUUGCUUUGGAAGCAGAUUUGUUGGAAAAAUGUUCUAAGCAAAUUAAAGAUCUAAAGUACCCUCAUGAUUCAAUUUGCGACUAUGAAUUUUCUGAUUAUGUCGAGGCCUAUGACGAGUUACAGUAUGCAAUGGGCUUUUCUGAUGAAGGUUAUGACUUUGAUGAUGAGUAUGAUGAGUAUUUUGAUUAUGACGACUAUACUGAUCCUUUUAGUCACGAGUACUUUGAAAAUUUUGAUGACUAUCCAAAUGUACCACCGGAGUGGUUUAUGUAAAAGGAGUACAUGAUGGCCUUUCUAAUGUGCUGAUGUUGGUGCGGGUUUUCACCGAUUCUGGGUUAUCUCCUAGCUGCUGCUGCUGCUUGUCCCGUAUAAUAUUGAUCAAGAAUGUGUUCUCUCAUUCGCUUAAUUCAUCCUAUCUAGGUUGCUACUUCUGUUUUUGGGAUUUAAUUAUGCUCUGUCGUGAACAUCAACGUGGUCUCUUAAGAACUGCAUUCUUCAGUCUUUUAUGAUUGUGUUCUUUUUAGUCUUGUGUGAAAAAAUUAGUGAUCUUUUCAGCACAUUAAAUAAUACUAGUGGUCUGUGACUAGUAUUUGAUUAGCAGCAGCUUUGGCCACAGGCAAUUUGUAAGAAAGGAAAAGUAAACCUUGAAGGUCAUCGGUAUCGGUCCAACAGUGGGGCAGUAAGCGUUAUACGGAGCAUUAGACUUUGAUCAAUGUGAAUUGGCAAUAGCCAUGAAGGGCAUUGCAAUGCAAAGCUGCUCUGUUCGAAAUCGUAUUUGCGCAGUCUCCAAUCACACCUCAUGCCCUGUAGAACUUUUUUACUUCAUUCCUCUAUUAUAAUUUUGUGAAGUAUGACUGCCACAUUUAAGAAUAAAGUAAAUAUUGUGUGUAAUUAAUGUUUCUGGAUAGCAGAGAAAUAUUAGGAAUCACAAAGUAAAGUAAGAAAUAAAAUAAUUGUGUAAUUUUAAUGUUGCACGAACACUUGUAUUUUGGAUUUUCUUCACAUGAUCUAAAAAUUGUUUAAUUAGAG